AUGCUGCGUCGACAAGCACGGGAGCGUCGAGAGUACAUGUACCUCAAAGCCUCCGAAGCGCGCGAAAGGCAAAUCUUUGAGCGCAAACAAAAGAUUCGACAAUUGAUUGCAGAGGGCAAGAGCAUUCCUAAAGAGUUGAUGGAUGGCUUGCAAGGUGGUGAUGAUGCGAGGAACGGGUUUGGUGGCAUGGGUGCUGGGGCAGCGUUGAAGGUGGAUGAGGCUCAGGCUGGUGAGUGGGGAGCGGGAGUGGGAGUGGGAGUGGGAGUGGGGGUCCGGUGAAUGGGGGAGUGGAUGACAACGCUUGACUGACUGAUUGGCAUUGCUCACGUUUGCGCUGCGCUCAUGUUGUCGCUGUCACGCGGAACGACAGACGUGAUGACGUCGUUGGACUCGGAGUACGCUCGAGCAGGAACGUACGAUCCCAAGAUCCUCAUCACCACCUCUCGCAAUCCCUCUUCGCGUCUCUCGCAAUUCGCCAAAGAGAUUCGAUUAUGCUUGCCCAACAGCACGCGCAUCAAUCGAGGAGGCUAUACGGUCGGUGAAUUGGCAGCUGCUGCUAGAUCCAACGCAAUGACGGACAUGAUUGUGCUGCACGAACAUAGAGGCCUGCCCGAUGCCAUGGUCGUCAGCCACUUUCCGCACGGUCCAACGCUGCUCUUCACCCUGUCGGGCGUGGUGCUGAGACACGAAGUUAGCGCUCAUGCUCAGAGCACAGUCAGCGAACAAUAUCCUCACCUCGUAUUCGAAGGUUUCAACUCCAAACUGGGAAGCAGAGUCAUGGAUGCUCUCAGAUUCCUCUUUCCCGUACCCAAAGAGGAUUCAAAGAGGCUCAUGACUUUUGCAAAUCAAGGAGAUUACAUCAGUUUCAGGUGAGUCCUAUCGCCUGCUCCAUUCGAAUUCAUUGGCUCCAUCGAAUAUCUUCAUUGUCGCCCGCUCAUACCACACCUCACUUACUGACUGAUCCCUGCUGCCCCGACCCACAAUUUUCUUGCCGCUCCGCCACUCAAAAGACAUCACGUCUUUGUUAAAACGUCCCACAGAGAGGUUCAACUGGCAGAAGUGGGUCCAAGGUUCGAAAUGCGUCCCUACGAGAUCAGACAGGGAACGGUGGAACAGACGGACGCAGAUGUAGAGUGGGUCUUGAGACCAUUCAUGAAUUCCGGCAGGAAGCGCAACCAGCUUUGA